UGUGCGGUGUGCCUGCCACCCCGUGUUCGCUGCUUCGCAGGCGGCACGACCUCAUCAUCAGUCACGGGCUCCCCCUUCCCCCCUCCGUGUCCUCCCAUUCGCCAUAUCCGCGCAGCUCGGCUCGGCUCGGCGCGGCGCGCACCUGACUUCCACCGCCUCCUCUCGGUCUCCGUGCUCCCCCACCGAACCCACCCAGGACUAAUCAACUCGAAGCAAUCAAGGCGCUCCCUCCUCCCCAGAUCCGCCGCCGCCUCCCCGCCCCUCUCUCCGCUGCCUCACUUGCACCGUACGGCGGGCACGUCGCCUCCCCCUCCCGAUCUGAUGCGCGCGCACGCGGUAGCCAGACCGGCCCAGAUCUCUCUCGCCCCCGUCCCCGUUCCCGAACCCUCCGUGCUGGCUCUGGUUUUGUGGGAAAUCCGGUUGAUUUGAGUUGUGAUUCUGUGGAUCAGCGGCGAUGCGGUGGAAGCUUAACACCUCGGCGUACAAGCGCGUGCCGUCCAGGGACGCCGCCAUGGAUCCCAACGUCGAGACGCCAGUGAAGAUGACGGACGGCGGCGCGGGGCCGUCGUGGCGCAUGUCGCUGCCGCACGUGUGCGUCGCCACGCUCACCUCGUUCCUCUUCGGCUACCACUCCGGGGUGGUGAACGAGCCGCUCGAGAGCAUCUCCAAUGACCUCGGCUUCGCCGGGAACACGCUCGCCGAAGGGCUCGUGGUUAGUAUCUGCCUGGGAGGAGCUUUCGUCGGGUGCCUGUUCAGCGGCUCUAUUGCCGACGGGAUUGGGCGCCGCAGGGCGUUCCAGCUCAGUGCGCUGCCCAUGAUUGUUGGUGCUGCCAUAAGUGCUCUCACCAAUAGUCUGGAGGGUAUGCUUCUUGGAAGAUUCUUGGUUGGAAUAGGGAUGGGAUUGGGUCCACCAGUAGCUUCACUCUAUAUAACAGAGGUUUCUCCUCCUACAGUGAGGGGUACAUAUGGCAGCUUUGUUCAGAUUGCAACCUGUCUUGGAAUCAUAGUAUCUCUCCUAAUUGGUACACCUGUCAAGGAUAUUGAUAGAUGGUGGAGAGUGUGUUUCUGGGUUGCAACUAUCCCAGCAACUCUACAAGCCCUUGGUAUGGAGUUCUGUGCUGAGAGCCCGCAGUGGCUAUAUAAGUGUGGAAGAACAAGUGAAGCAGAGAUGCAAUUUGAAAAGCUGCUAGGCCCUCUUCACGUAAAAUCUGCCAUGGCAGAACUUUCUAGAUCUGAAAGAGGAGAUGAUGGAGAAAGUGUGAAGUACUCGGAGUUGUUUUAUGGCCGCCACUUCAAUGUUGUUUUUAUUGGCACAACGCUCUUUGCUUUACAACAGUUAUCCGGAAUAAAUUCUGUGUUCUAUUUCUCAUCAACUGUGUUCAGAAGUGUUGGAGUGCCCUCUAACCUUGCCAACAUAUGCAUGGGGAUCUCAAACUUAUCAGGCUCAAUUGUUGCAAUGCUUCUGAUGGACAAGCUAGGCAGAAAAAUGCUGCUUUCAGGAAGUUUCCUAGGGAUGGCCUUCGCAAUGGGGCUUCAGGCUGUCGGAGCAAACCGUCAAUAUCUUGGUUCUAUGAGUGUAUAUCUUUCUGUUGGUGGCAUUCUGCUGUUUGUCUUGUCAUUUUCGUUAGGAGCAGGGCCAGUGCCAGGACUUCUAUUGCCUGAGAUUUUCCCCAAUAAAAUACGAGCCAAAGCUAUGGCUCUGUGCAUGUCUGUGCAUUGGGUUGUGAACUUCUUUGUUAGUUUGUUGUUCCUGCGGCUGCUGGAGCAACUUGGUCCACAGCUUCUGUACACAAUAUUUUCAUCAUUCUGUGUGAUAGCCGCAAUAUUUGUGCGGCGUAAUGUGGUUGAAACAAAGGGAAAGACUUUGCAAGAGAUAGAAGUUUCACUCCUACAAACACAAUAAAGGUGGGACCGCGAUGAUGUAUAUUCUAAGACACAAGAGGUUCUAUCCAGGUGGUAUGGACUUGGCAGGAUUGGAAUCUGGCCCUAUAUUGUUUGCUGAAUACCAACCAGCUGGGCAAGUGUCCUGCAGAAGUUGAUUCCUGAAUCAAGCAAUCGCUUGAGAACAGGACGCCCUACGAUGGUCUCAGGGAAGUUCCAGACAUGCGCCUGCGACCUCUAGGGCAGCCUAGUUCAUGCAUACAUCAUGUAGCGAGUUUUCUGUAUAGCCUGUCUUAAAUACAAUACCGGUCAUCUUUGUGUUAUCGAUACACUUAAAUAGUAUCAGUAAGAAGUGACCGACGUUUGCCCUGUGAUGAGCCCAGUUAGAAACUAGGAUCAUCGUUUUGCAUGACAUGUACCCAACAUUGGCAUGGCGUACCUUGCUGGAUACUUGUGUAGUUAAGCUCUUACCGGACCUUUUGCCCAGCUGUAUGAAAAUAAUAUGCGUUCUUCUCGA